AUGUCGAGUGUAGUGGGUUUUGAUAUCGGAAACAGCUGCAGCAAAAUUGGCGUCGCGCGUGCGCGUGGUGUCGACAUUGUUGCCAAUGAAGUGAGCAACCGCAGCACCCCUUCUUUGGUGUCGUUUGGCACCAAGUCGCGCAUGAUCGGUGAAGCAGCUGCGACUGCUCAGACCUCCAACUUCAAGAACACGGUCGGCUCGCUUAAGCGUCUUGUCGGCCGCAAGCUAGACGACUACUCCAUCCAGCACUUUGAAAAGCCCUUUGUGAAUGCCGAGUUGGUCGAUGCGGGCGGUGAAGUCGGCGUUAAGCUUCGUUACUCAAACGAGGACCACGUAUUUUCGGCCACGCAGCUGCUUGGCAUGUUUAUCGGUAAGCUCCGUGACACGACGCAGGCCGACAUGGGUGGAUCCGCCGCCAGCGAUGUUGUCAUCUCUGUGCCCAUCUGGUUCACCGAUGCACAACGUCGUGCGAUGCUGAAUGCUGCGGAGAUUGCUAACCUGAACACGCUCCGUUUGAUUAACGAGCCGACUGCCGCCGCGCUCGGCUAUGGCAUCACCAAGACGGACCUCCCCGAGCCGGAAAACCCGCGCAAUGUGAUGUUUGUCGACCUUGGUCACUCAAGCUACCAAGUGUCUAUUGUCGCGUUUAGCAAAGGCCAACUUACUGUUCUUGGCGCUUCUGCCGAGCCCAACUUUGGUGGUCGCGACUUUGACCGCGCGCUCAUGCAGCACUUUGCCGAAGAGUUUAAGCAAAAGUACAAGAUCGAGGUGUUCUCGAACCCUAAGGCCAUCACCCGUCUUGCUGCUGGCUGUGAGCGUUUGAAGAAGGUCCUGUCUGCAAACAGCGUUGCUCAGCUGAACGUCGAGAGCUUGAUGAAUGAUAUUGAUGUCUCUGCUCAGUUCAAGCGCGAGCAGUUUGAGGAGCUUAUUGCGCCCUACCUUGAGCGCAUUGACAGCCCCCUCAAUAUUGCGCUCGAGCAAUCCGGCAUUGCCAAGGAAGAGCUUCACUCGGUUGAGAUCAUUGGUGGUAGCUCUCGUGUUCCCGCACUCAAAGAGCGUAUUUCCGCCUGGUUCGGUCGCGGCCUUUCUUCUACGCUCAACCAAGACGAGGCCAAUGUCCGCGGCGACACACUUGCCUGCGCCAUUCUCUCGCCUGUUUUCCGCGUGCGUGAGUUUUCUGUGCACGACAUUUCUCCCUACCCAAUCAAGGUUUCUUGGAAGCCUGCGCCGGAUGUGCCGGAUGAAGACAAUGAGCUGGUUGUGUUCAACCCCAACAACCCGAUCCCUUCUACCAAGAUUCUCACAUUCUACCGCAAGGAGCCAUUUACGCUCGAUGUUGAGUACGCUGAUCCCUCCAAGCUGCCAAAGGGUGCGAACCCCAAGCUUGGUCACGCUACAAUUCAAGGUGUGAAGCCGAACGAGAACGGCGACCACUCAAUCGUCAAGGUCAAGGCGCGUCUGAACCUUCACGGCAUUGUAAACAUCGAAAGUGCUUACACUGUGGAUGAAGUCGAGCAGGAGGAAGAGGUGCCUGUCCAGGUCGCCGAAGGCGAGCCUCCCAAGACGGAGAAGCGCAUUGUCAAGAAACUCCAGCGCAAGGACGACCUUCCUGUCGAGUCUAACAUUCUGGUGCUUGCCAACACCCAGCUUGAGAAGUACAGGGAAACGGAGAAUGAGAUGCACGCCUCUGACAGGCUGGUUGCUGACACCGAGGACCGCAAGAAUGCGCUUGAAGAGUACAUCUAUGACCAGCGCUCCAAGCUCGACGAGCGCCUUGCCAGCUUUGUCCAGCCGGAAGAAAAGACCAAGUUCCUUGAGGCGCUUGGUGAAGCUGAGGACUGGCUCUAUACCGAGGAGGGCGAAGAGGCGACCAAGUCUGCCUACACGCAGCGCCUCGACAAGCUGCUGAAGAUGGGUGCGCCGAUUGCUUUCCGCUGGAAGGAGACCGAUGAUCGCUCCAAGGCUGCUGCUCAGCUCCGCGAGGUGGUGAACAAGUACACGAGCGUCUUUGAAAACGAGUCUGAGAAAUACGACCACUUGUCUGACGACGACAAGAUGAAGGUUAUUGAGGCUGCCGCGAACGCUGGCAAGUGGCUCGAGGACAUGAUGAUCAAGCAGAGCGAGAUGCCUAAGAAUGUCGAUCCUAAGCUGACUUCUGAGGUCAUUCAGAAGCGUAAGGACGAAGUCAUCUUUAGCUGCACGCCGAUCUUGACCAAGCCCAAGCCGCGUACUUCUGCAACGGAGCCCAAGGCAGAGGAAGGUGCUCCGAAGGAGCCAAAGCCUGAGCAAGCAGAGGAUGACAAGCAAGGUAACAUGGAUGUCGAUUAA